CGUCCACAUCCGAGACAGUCACAACCAUCGGGCCGGCAUCAUGGCAUUCGCGUCCGAUUAGUGACGAGAGAGAACGCCUCGAAAACAUCAGACGCAAUGAAGAAUUGAUGCGAGAACUGCAAGUCUUAGGUGGCUCCGAAGAGUUGGGUCUGCCCAAAGCGAAGCCGGACCAAGUCAAGAAAAAGCCUUCAUCUCGGCCCCGCAAGACACCUCCGGCUCCGAAGCGUGAUCAGCCAAUUCGUGCUACUCGAAGCAGUGCGCGACUGCAAGGCUUCGAAGCCGAGAACGAAAGUCUCAAACGCAAGCAUGACGAGGAGGCGGAGCAGGCCAGGCUAGCAGCAGAACAGGCCAAAAAGGCCAAGCAUGAAGACCACAACUUGGCGACUCUAACAGAGGGUCUUUUGGGAGAAGAGGAGUCUGAGCUUCUUCGACAAUCUCUCCUCCAGGCCUCCAUGUCUGCACGUCCCACUCAAACGCCCGAAGAUUACAGACCUGCCCGAUUGUCCAGCGACGCGCAGGAACUCAGCAAGAUUCUUAACCGUAUGAGCCUCCAGAGCACAUCAAAAGUCACAGCUGCACGGGUUUACAGCAUGAUUUACCACCCUUCAGAAGAAAAGGAUCUCGUCUUCAUGGGUGACAAAGAGGGAAACAUCGGCGUUUGGGAUGCUCUGGUGGACGAAGCCGAGACCAACGACGACGCCGAUACUCUCCAGGAAGGAAAAGCGUGGUCAUUGCACACACACGGCAGAAGUCCAGUGACGUGCCUCCGCUUCGACCCGGUGGAUUCAGACUGCCUGUUCUCUUCUUCAUACGAUUCUACGAUUCGAAUGCUAUCUUUGACAUCCAGCACCAGUUCCGAAGUCUGGGGGGGCCAGGAAGAUGUGCUCCUCUCUAUCUUCGACAUUCUCGCACCAGCGAUCCACCCAUCUGCUUUCACGCAUACACCAUCGCCCGGCGCAGACGAACGCUCAAUAUGGAUUGGAGACCAUCGUGGCGGGUUGGUGCACCUGGACAUCAGGGAGAACAAGACUCGGCGAGGAUCGAGCAGACGGUGGCAGGUCUGCGAGAAAAAGAUUGGGGCCAUGUCCGUAAACCAAGUGGCCCCGCAUUGCAUUGCAACUGCGUCUCUUGAUCAACAUGUUCGGCUGUUUGACGUUCGCGCGCUCAAGUCAAUCAAGCUCACGCCCGAUGCGCCAGCUAAUUACAAGGGAGUCGACGUUGAAAUGUUACAGAAAACCCAUGACACAGCGCAAGUAGCAAGUCAUCAGGCCAAGCGUGCUUGCACUAGUGUCGAUUUCAGUCCAAGGGGAGAUAAAUUGGUGGCAGUGACCUACGAUGAUAUGGUCAAAGUCUGGGAUACGAACCUUUCCACCUUAAAAGUGAAAGCCACCUUGAAGGGCAAGGCGAGUUCAGACAACCACGCCGACACGCUCGCCUCGAGCGGCAUUUCCAUUCCCCAUAACAAUCAAACGGGACGAUGGCUGACACUUUUUCGAGCGGUGUGGAACCGGAACCCAGACCUUCCACCGCAUUUCAGUAUGGGCGCGAUGAAUCACAGAGCCGAGAUCUACUCUGCUGACGGGAUAUUGCUGCGAGCCCUGCAUGACGAAGCCCACGUCACCGCUGUCCCCGCGGUGACAGCGAUGCAUCCUCGCCGCCCCGGGCGGCUGGCAACCGCGAAUGCCUCUGGCAGAACGACAUUGUGGGCUUGAUAAGUUAUUCUGGGUCCUAGCUACUUUGUCGCACUCACUUGCACUUCCAAGACCGGUUGACCAGCUGCCUUAUCUCAAUUACGAAUUUGACGCCCAGUCACU